GCCGUGACCACAAAUAAUUUGACAUCUCGAAGCGCCAUGAGUGCGCGGCGCCCUAAGUUUCGACUGACUGAGUCUUUUCUCACUGUGCCUGUACCUUUGCUUGAAGACAACGUUGAGGAAUCAUGGGUCUUUGACACGGUGUCGAAGAAACAUCUCUUUAGUCGCAUGUGGACGAUUAUGAAUGGCAGUGUGGUGACAUUUGGUUCUGGCCCCAGCACUGGUACCAAGAGGAGUGGCAAGGAGAACCAGCAGCCCAAGAAGCGAGCCAAGGCGAAGGCCAAGGCAGGUGCAGGUGGCGGCUCUGCAAAUGCUGGUUCAGUGCUGGCCAGCAUCCAGAUGCCAGAGGAGAAAGACCUCACCGCCACGACCAUCAAAUGUGAAGUUGGAGUGCGAAGCAAACUUUGGAUCGAUGAUUUGCUGCAGUGUAUCCGACACAGCGUGGACAGUUUGAAGAAGCUGCUGAGGGGCGAUGCUGACUCAUUUGAUUUCGAUUCCCUCCGGUCUCGGAUGCUUCGCCUGGGCCUCUUGUUUUGCUUCACUGGCACAGUGAAAGUUUCAACAGCCCGAGGCUGCAAGGCGCACAAGAAGUGGUCGGGACUACGGGCAGCGUUGAAAGAGUACGCUUUGUGGCAAGUGGUCCAGGACAUGAGAGGUUCUCUGGAAGCAGCCAUGCACGCGGACGCAGCAGGUGGCGCUUGCGCUGGUCUUCAAAACCUGGAAGCAGCUGUCAGCAUGCAUCAGGAGACCAACACGGCCAACAAGCUCAAUGUCAACGAUAAGUUGAAACAAUGGGCGCCUGCAGUUGAGCAGUGGCUUUCUGGUGAAGCACAGAGCCCUCUUCGUUCAGACAAUCCGCUGAAAGUCUCUCUCCAUGCCUCCUUUGGAAAGAUCAAGGCCAGUGUGCUCUACUCCAGUUGCACUUGUCGACGUGGUGCCAGUGGCAACUCGGGUGUUGAAAAGGAUGGUGAGACGAGCACAUGUUCAAUCCAUGCGGACAAGGUGGUCUUGACCGAUGUGAUGUUUGAGGUUGCGAAGCAAGUGCAUGAGGUGUUCAACGACCAGUUCAUUGCAUUUGCCAACCUUUUGGCUGAAGAGACU